UCCUUCUGGCUUCUACAAACCCUAAAUCUCGACUCAGAUCCACUCUUUUACAUAGCCUUCGUCAUAUUCCUUGUUGUACUUCUAACUUCAUUCUCCUGAUGAAGUUCCAAUGUUAAAUUAAGCGACGCGUGCUUUUGAUCAGUUUCAUUCCGACGAUAUAUAUUUAUAUUCUCACACACACACAAACACACUAACUUUUAGGGUAGCUAGCUAGGUCUAGCAGACUAAUAAUAGGCUUUGUGUGAUUUAUGAAGUGGGAAAGCAAAGAACUGCCAGAAAAUCAAAUGCUUCCUAGUUUUCUGUGCAUCUUCUUCAAGAUUAUUCCAUCACCAUGGAUCUUCUUCGUUCUACCUGCUGCUGCCUGUGUCUCACUUUUAGCCACCUAUCUUGUUCUUGGUUUUGGUUUCUUAUCUGUUUUAUUUCUCUACACAUCUCUCGCAGUUCUUGUCUCUACCAUUUUCUUCAGUCUUAUUACUGCAUCGAAUCAUCACAAAACAGUCUCUGUUGUUGGUGAUGAGUUAGUGGAAGGCUCAGAUCAAAGAGAAGAUGUUGCAGAAGCAAAGGAAGAAGAAGAAGAAAAAGAAAAAGAGCAUAAUGAUGGUGGCGGCAUAGAAAAAGCUGCUUAUUACGGGGAGGAAAGCUCAGAUCAAAGAGAAGAUAUCGCAGAAUCAAGGGAGGAGGAGGAGGAGGAGGAGGAGGAAGAAAUGGAGGAUGGUGAUGAUAAUGGUGUUGGUGUAAAUAAUAGUAAUAACUACUCAACCAUAUUACCAGAUUCACUGUCAAAUAGUGAAUCUCAUGAGAUGUCAACUACUUCUGAGGAAUCUGAUGAACUGGUGGAGUAUUAUUGGCCAUUAGAUCGAAGCAUGGACGGAUCAGAUGGGACGAUUUCUGAUGAAGAAAGCCUCAUAGAAAUUACACUUCCAAGUGGGCACUGCAGUCUGAAGCAGCAUCAUCAUCAACAACAACAACAACAACAACAACACAGUCUGAUGAUGAUGGAGUUGUUAUCAGAAUACCACAAUGUCGACAUGAACGAGGAAGACAACUUGAUAGAAAUCGACAUAUCAAUGGGAUCCAUUAAGUCCUGCUACUCAAGGUUUGAAAUACAAGCAUGAAACUAAUUAACAACUCUAUAUCUUUAAUUACCCAUUUUCACUUUUUUGAUCCACACCUUAAUAUUCUGUAUAUAUCCGGUGGGAUUUGAGAAUAUAUAUUAAAACUGGUACUAUGUUUUUUUUUCCCUCUUUCCCUUCAUAUGUUGUGUUAUAAAGUGUUAAUGUGCAGUGAGAAUCUUCUUUCUCAGGCUUUGGAUACCCAUUAAAGAGUUUCUUAGUAAGUGUAUUACGAAAUCAUGACUCUUUCUUUUUGACUUCCUUGUGCACGUUAAAGUAAUAAAAGUAAAGGGAAAGCUGUGCCCAUCUGUUUGAA